UCAGCAAGCAGCCUCCUCCAGCCGAACGACGCCACUCCAGCAACAUGACGGGAUCAGCGAGGUGGGCGCUGGUGGCGCUGGCGGUAUCUGCGUGUCUGGCAGCUGCGACAGCUGCCCCUGGAUCAUCCCGGCAGCUGCUGCAGCUGCAGCUGCAGGAAGACGCAGCGCUGCAGGUGCAGCCCGAGCUGUCUCCUGAGGCGGCCGCAGCUGCGGAGAGCGACGACACUCCGCUGGACCGCGAGAAGCGCAAGAUCCUCGAGCUGAAGCUGGGAGCCGGCUUCGGCGUCAAGCACUUCCUGAUCGACCUCAUCUUCGGGAAGAUAAACCAGGCGCUUGAUCUUGGGACACGCAAGGUGGCGCAGCUGGACCGCCUGAACGUGGCCAAGAACCGCGCCUUCGGCAUCGGCGUGCCCUGCGGCCCCUGCUCGGACGGCAGGGGCACCGCUGCUCCGCCGCGCUCCACCACGCCCGACGAGGUUCCCGAGUUUCCCCGCACCCGCGUCAGCCUCAUGAUUCCAGACGAGCUGUUCGGCGGCAGCUUCAGUCUCAUCACCAACAUCUCAAAGAUUGCCGGCAGCCUCAUCACGAACGCAGCAGAGAGGAAGCAGCAGCUUGUGGAAGCCGCCAAGCCAUUCGUUGCUGCCAAACUGCGGCUGGACAUCAACGCCCCAGUGAGCACGACAGAACCCAUCGAGCUUCUGGUGCCACGUGUUGGUCCACCUCUCGGCGGAGAGUCAUCAAACGGGGCCGCAAACAACUCCUCUUCCUCCUCAACCUCCUCCUCGUCCUCCUCCUCUUCCUCACCGUCUUCUUCUUCCAUGGAAGACGAAUCCGCAAACAGAAUAGAGCGAUCUGGGUAGACCUUCUUCUCAUCAUCGGCGUUUCCGUUCCUUUUGUUCCUGCUCUCCUUAAAUCUGCAGCCGUCUUCAGAAAUCUGAAAUAUUUUCUUUACGUUUUAGAUAGCAGUCAUGGAAAACUACUGUUUAUUAAUUUCAGGGUGCAAGUCAUACUGAAAUAAAUGCAAGUUUUUCCCAGAUAUAUAUAUGGGGGAGAGAGAGAGAGGAUACACCAUACGUCAGACUACCACUUCAGAAAACUUAACAGUUCAUUCACCUAUAAUAUACGUAAAGAUUUUACUCACUUUUUGUUAAUUUUCACACAAAUCCCAUCAAAAUAGCAGUUAUUUCAGUUUCUUAUCACAACAUAAUGGGUGCUAAAUGGAAGUUCCUACACAAAAAUCUGUAAAUGUUGGAUUUGAAAUGUCCCAGUUAGUAUCACUGUUAGAGGUGGUUGGAGAGAAACUUCUGACUGUCCUUUCGGAAAAGUCAUCCAUGUCAUGAUCGGAAGGUAUGUGAAGAAACUUUUGUGAUACUAACUUGCCAGUCAACUAAGAAUCAGAUUCGAUUUUUUGAGCAAUCAGAGCAAGUAUUUUACUUUAGUCUGGGUGUGGUGACAGAUAAUACUAAGCGAACUUAAGAUAUUACGAUAAAUGAUAUAUUUAUGUAUGUAUAUGUUAUAGUCUCAAAUGUAUUAUGAAUUUUGCAAAAAAAGUUAUUGUUAAGUAAAAUAUAGUCCGUUAUUUUUUACCACAUUUA